CGUCCGCCGCUCGCUUCCGGCCGCGGCGGCCUCGGAGGCAGCCUGACGGGACCCGCGCCCGUCCUCCCGGAGCGGUAUGCGGCGCUGACGAGCGGGGCCCUCUGCGUCGGCGCCAUGAACCUCCUGCCGUGUAACCCGCACGGCAACGGGCUGCUCUACGCCGGCUUCAACCAGGACCACGGAUGCUUUGCAUGUGGGAUGGAAAAUGGAUUCCGAGUCUACAACACCGAUCCACUAAAAGAAAAAGAGAAACAAGAGUUUCUGGAAGGAGGAGUUGGCCAUGUUGAAAUGUUAUUCCGCUGCAACUACUUAGCUUUAGUGGGUGGUGGGAAAAAGCCGAAAUACCCGCCCAGCAAAGUGAUGAUCUGGGACGACCUGAAGAAGAAGACGGUCAUCGAGAUAGAAUUUUCCACAGAGGUCAAGGCAGUCAAGUUGCGGCGAGACAGAAUCGUGGUGGUUUUGGACUCCAUGAUUAAGGUGUUUACAUUCACACACAAUCCCCACCAACUGCACGUCUUUGAAACCUGCUAUAACCCUAAAGGCCUUUGUGUCCUGUGCCCGAACAGUAACAACUCCCUGCUGGCCUUCCCGGGCACACACACGGGCCACGUGCAGCUGGUGGACCUGGCCAGCACCGAGAAGCCUCCCGUGGACAUUCCCGCCCACGAGGGCGUCCUGAGCUGCAUCGCUCUCAACCUGCAGGGAACAAGGAUCGCAACGGCGUCUGAAAAAGGGACCCUUAUAAGAAUAUUUGAUACUUCAUCAGGGCAUUUAAUCCAGGAGCUGCGCCGGGGCUCUCAAGCAGCUAACAUCUACUGCAUUAACUUCAAUCAGGACGCGUCCCUCAUCUGCGUGUCCAGUGACCACGGCACGGUGCACAUUUUCGCUGCGGAAGAUCCAAAACGGAACAAACAGUCUAGUUUGGCAUCAGCCAGUUUCCUUCCAAAAUACUUCAGUUCCAAGUGGAGUUUUUCCAAGUUUCAGGUUCCCUCGGGCUCUCCAUGCAUUUGUGCCUUUGGAACAGAGCCAAAUGCUGUCAUUGCGAUCUGUGCGGACGGCAGCUACUACAAGUUCCUGUUCAACCCCAAGGGGGAGUGCAUCCGCGAUGUCUACGCGCAGUUUCUAGAAAUGACCGACGACAAGCUGUGACUCGGCACCCGCAGAGCAGUCGCGCCCACGGCCGAGCGCCCCCAGCGCUGAGUGCGCCCGACUCCUGGGGCCCCAGGGGCAGGCUGGGGGGCGGCCUGGGGGCCUCGGUCGUGAAGCCGUGUGCGGUUGUCUCUUCCUCAGCAAGGCUUCGCGUUUCCAGUAUUAAAGGGAGAGUAACCAUCGAGGCACCGUGGACACUCAAGUGGCUCUGAGCAGCCCAAGCCCGGCACUGGCUUGUUACCUGUAGUGCAACUGUGACGCCAGCUUUAACGACCCACUGCUUCCCCGCGCCUGCGUCUGGGCUCCGCACAGACUGAGGGCCUGGGCGGACGCAGGGACGGACACGGCAGAAUUCGUUUGGGGCAACAGGCUCCAUGAUUCUCACUGACUCUGUGAUGGGGACGUGAACAGAUGUGCAAAUGUUCGUUCUCGCUUUAUAACUGGAUUUAGAAUGACACCACCAGCAGCUUGCCUUAGGGAGGGAGGGAGGCGCUGUCGCCCAUGGGAACGGGAAGCAGAGAUCCAGCCCGGUCAGCACAGGCGCCCGGCCCCUGCCCCAUCC